UCUCCUUUCCUUCCCCCAAUAUAAGAAAAGUAUUCUUAAUUCAGAUUCUCUCUCUCUCUCUCUAAAACAGCUUGCAUCUCUGUAAUCAAUGGCUUCCGAAGCUGACAGCUCCGAGCUCUCUUCAAUGUUCGAGCGGUUCGUCAGAAACAGAGACUUGUCCCUCUUCCUCCCCUUCAUCUUCGGCUUCGCAAACACCCUCGAAAGGCGAGACUCGCAAGAAUCAGACGAUCAUGAAAACGACGACAACAACCGACCAAACGACAGUAACCACAACAGAGUGAUUCUGAUAAACCCAUUCACGCAGGGGAUGGUGGUGAUAGACGGCGUGUCGAGCUUGGAUUCCCUGCUGCGGGAGCUGGGCAACAAGGAUGGUCAACCGCCGGCAUCAAAGGAAUCCAUCAAAGCCAUGGCGAGCGUUGAGAUUGGCGAAGAUGGCGAAGAGUGCGUGAUUUGUUUGGAGGAGUUUGAGGUCGGUGGGUUCGCGAAAGAAAUGCCUUGCAAGCACAGAUUCCAUGGCGGUUGCAUAGAGAAGUGGCUGGGGAUUCAUGGGUCUUGCCCUGUUUGCAGGCACAAGAUGCCGGUUGAUGAGGAGGGAGAAGAUGGUAAGAGAAGGGGUGCAGAGAGAGAGAGAGAGAUUUGGGUUAGUUUCUCUUUCAAUAGUCGUGCUAGGAAUAGUGAUGGUGAUGAUACUAACCAGAGUUCUUCAAGUGAUUCUGGUGUUGUUGGUGAUGGUGAUGGUGUUGAUUCUUCUUCAGCAGCAGAUUAGAGCAAGAAUUCUUGUAAGAUGCAAAAGUUUUUCUUUUAUUGUACAGGAAGAAGAGAUUUUACAGUGUUAAUAUUGAGUUCAUGAAUGAAUGAAAGAUUUUUUUUAUAUAUAUUUUUCACAA